UCAAAAUGGUGGCAGACAUCAGACAAUCCAUGGCAAACUCUGGCUUGUUGUAUGGAAAUAACUGAAGCUAUUAGAUCUCCUAACCCUUCAGAAUUUAUUAGUCACUUACCAGUACAUCAGGAUGGAUCCUGUAAUGGUCUUCAGCAUUAUGCUGCUCUUGGACGUGACCAGGCUGGAGCUGAGUCAGUGAACCUCUGCUCAUUCAACCACCCUAAAGAUGUCUACAGUGAUAUUUGUGAGCUGGUGGAGAAGGAGCGUCAGAAAGAUGCUGAAAAUGAUAUUGUGGUGGCCCAGAAACUGGAAGGAUUUGUGAAGAGGAAAGUUAUUAAACAGACAAUCAUGACUACAGUGUAUGGUGUGACCAAGUAUGGUGCUAAACAUCAGAUACUGAAACAACUGAAAGAUCUACCGUCAUUCGACCAAGAUUUCCUGUGGGCUGCCUGUAUAUACCUUACAGAUAAGACCUUCUACUGCCUUAAUGAAAUGUUCACAGCAGCCAGAGACAUUCAAGUAAGAAUUAUUUGUAUUAUUAUUACUGUAAUCUUGGUUUCUCAUCAUUAGAGGUGUCGAUGUUUAUACAUGUGUUUAUAUAUA